CGCGCCCACCCCGCGCGGCGGCCCCGCGGCCCGGGCCGCGCGAGUAGGUCGCCAUGCGCGAUGCGGUAUGAGGCAGCGCCGCGCCCGGCGGGCCGGCCCCCGCUAGCGGCGCCGCCCCCGCCAUGCGAGCGCCGCCGCUGCUGCUGCUGCUGCUGAUGGCGGCCGCGGGCCUGGCCGUGAGUCCGCUCGCGCGCCUCAACCCCUGGCUGAGCGCGUGCGAUCUGGAGGAGGAGGGCGCGAGCGCCGAGUGCGGCGACGGGCACGCGGCGUGCGGCGGCGGCGGCGCCGAGACGCUGGCGGGGCGCGACGUGCAGCCGCUGUGCACGCUGGGGGCCGGAGCGAGAGCGCGACGCCUGGCCGAGCUGCGGCUGCGCGCCUGCUGCGAGCGCUCGCCCGCCUCCGCGCUCGACCGCAGCGCGCGCGCCGACGUGCUCGCCGGCGGGGAGCGCUGCGAGCGCACGCUGCGCGACCUCCUCGCCCUCGAUGCGAUGGUCGCGCGCGUGCACUGCGAUUUCGCCACCAUCCUCCAACGCUAUGACUGCGACCAGUCCUAUUCCGUACACACGUGUAAUGAGUGCCAGGAGACGUACCGACGGUGGGCGUGUAGCACAAUGGUGCCACUUUGGGUGGAAGAGGGAUCUGAGGACGGCGAAGAGGGCGGGCGAUCGCGACGUGCGCCCGCUGAGCAUGCGGCACGGUGGCGUGCACGACAUCUUGAGCGCGUGGGUCACUUGGACCGGCGGCGCGGCGGAGGAGUUGUAGGCCGCUGGGUGCGGGCCGCCGCCGCGGGUCCCGGGCGGCCUAUCGUUCGUCUCAAGCCAUGCCUCUCCGUUUGCCAGCUCGUGGAGCAACACUGCCCCUAUUUCCUGCCUGCGGACCGAGCACCUGCAUAUCCCACUCAAUACGCCGGCGAACCCACCUUCCUAUGCCUUGACCCGCGCAUACCAGAAACAGGUGCACAGUCGAAUAAAUCCAAUUACGGAGCCGACGAGUGCUGUUACUGGUAUUGCGAGGGACGGCUCUGUUAUCGCUGCGAGGCACGGCUGAGCGAGCCGCCUCGGCCCGAGGCGGAGCGCUGCUCGCCUGUCGAGGAGCGCACAGCCACCUGCUCGGUGCCCUACCAGGCGCCCGCCGCCGCUGCCACAGCACCACCGCACCCCGUGCUCCUUCUAGCCUCUCUCGUCAACACUAUCGCCACGCUGAUUCGGACUCACUGGACACCAACCAUACCUCUAGUGAAUGUGCGCGAUUCGAGGUUAUAGUUUUACGUUAACGUGCGUCGCACUCCCACGUCCCGCGAUCGCCGGACUAUGAUCGAACCUUCUAUUAGUGGCGUACUUAUGAUAAUAAAUGGCGAUAAUGCGUUCAGCGACGCCUACGAGUCGCGGCGCCGGAACGCCGAGUCGUCGCCGCGAGCGAGAGGCGUCUAUGUCGUCUCUAUAGACUAUAAGUUCAUGUCUGUGUCCGUUUGUUUGAUACACGUCUGUCACAGAAACACCAAAAUAAUGUUUUUUAAACGUUACUUAUGCGUCGUUUUCACGAAUAUAUAUAGCCGCCGUUCCGGCCAGUAUAAUAAUGUUUUUGACACGAAUUGUAAACGACUAAAUAUAUUUGCGUUAAGUGAGAUGUAGAUUUUAAAUAGAACUACAGUUUGAUGUUCGUGUGAAUUUAAAACCCAUAUUACAAUUAUUUCACUUAUUUUUGCUAAAAUAGUUUAUAUAAAGUCGCUCAGUGUGAAACUGUUUGUAGCUCGUGUCGUGUAUGACUACAACUAAUGAACAAAUUAUCACAUUCCUUUAAAGGCUACAAACGUGGUGAUAGUUGCUCUAAUACUAAAUACGUCGCAAUUUUAAAG